AGUAUUAGUUAAAAAGAAACAAAGAAAGAAAGAAAACCUCUUAAAUUUUGUUCACAAAAUCUUGAAUUUCUUCAUUCCUGUGUACUCAAUACAUUGCCAUGGAAGCUGUGGCGGCGAUCAUUGGUUCAGCUCUAAUAGAACCUUUUAAAUUUCUAUUUGGAUACAUCUAUGCUGCAAUGAAGAAUCGUUUUAAGAUCCAUUCAAAUUACAAUCAUCUUGAGAGAGACAUAACACUUGUAUUGGCUUUCAAGUCUCGCUUGAGAAGUGGGCUAGAUGAUGAGCAGCUGCAGCAUCUGUUGCCCACAACUCAAGUUCAAGAUUGGUUAAGCAAAGUUGAAGAAUUGGAGAAAAAUUUCAAUUUUUUGCGUUCAACUGUGGCAGAAAGUGGCAUUACAAGUGAUUCCGCCUCUUGCUGCUCACGUUCACUGCACUGCAAAUUGAGCAACAACAUAGCGAAACAGAUUGUGAAAGCAACACAACUCAUUGAAGAAGGCAAACCCUUUGAGAACAUGAUAGUGGGUGUUAUUCCUGUGGCAAGGCCAGUUCAGUAUAUUGAGGUGACAUCAAUCGAAGAUCAACCCACUGCAUCAAGAAAUUUGGCCAAGAUGAUGGAUCUGUUGAAAAGUAAAAAGUAUAAGAGGAUUGGUGUUUGGGGCAUGGGAGGUGUGGGCAAGACUACUCUUGUCAAGAAUUUGAAUAAUCAGCUCACCAAAGAUCCAACUUUCAACAUCGUAAUAUGGGUUGUAGUAUCUCGAAACGCAACAGUGGAAAGCGUCCAAUCAAAAGUUGCUGAGCGGUUGCAUCUGAUGAAUAGAGAAGUGAGCAUGGAAAGUAUGGCCAGUUGUUUGUACAACAAACUUAAAGGCGAAAGAUUUCUUCUAAUUCUGGAUGAUAUAUGGAAAGAAAUCGAUCUCGAUGUUGUGGGGAUUCCUCGACCAAAUGAACAAACUAGCAGCAAAAUCAUACUAACCACCCGAGAGUUUAGUGUUUGUCAACAAAUGUUGACUGACUAUGACUUUCCAGUUGGUCGCUUGCUUCCUGAAGAAGCAUGGAAGUUGUUUCGUGAAACUGUGGAAGAGGAAGUGGUGGAUGAUAACCAAAUUAAGCCCAUGGCGAAGGCCAUUGUUAAAGAAUGCGAUGGAUUACCCCUUGCACUAAUUAUGGUAGGGGCAUCAUUGAGGACAAAGAGAGAGAUUGGCUUGUGGGUGCGCGCUUUACAUGCCUUGCAAAAAUCAGAUCCGUCUCGCAUUAGAGGUGUUGAAGAAAAGGUCUACAAACCCCUCAAGUGGAGCUAUGAUUCCUUACAAGGUUUAAUUGAUGAGCAGCAAGACUUUGAGCAACAACAGAAUGAAGUUCUACAUAUUGUUGACUACUUAAAAGACUCUUGUUUGUUGGAAAGAGGUCAUCGUGUAAAUCAUGUAAAGAUGCAUGAUGUAGUUCGUGAUGUUGGGGUAUGGAUAGCAAAAUCCUUAGAGGAAGGGUGUAAAGCUAUUAUCAAAGCUGGAAUUAGCGGGACGCAAAUAUCACAACAGCUAUUCAAUUUUUCUGGGGGAGUGAAGAGAGUGUCGUUUAUGGCGAGCAAUAUAGAAUUUCUCCCAAACUGCAACAUACAAUGCGCAGAAGCAUCCACUUUAUUUUUGCAAGGUAACCAAACACUUUUGGAAGUACCAAACACAUUUUUACAAGGAUUCCAAAUGUUAAGAAUUUUGGACUUGAGUGACACCAAAAUCAAAUUCCUGCCACACUCACUUCUUCAACUUGGUGAACUUCGAGCUCUCCUUUUAGAAAAUUGUUGUGAACUGUUUGAGUUACCAUCCAUGGCCACACUUGGAAUGUUGCAAGUGCUUAAUUGCUCUCGCUCUGCUAUCACUAAAUUGCCAGAAGACUUUGAAAAGCUAACGAACCUACGGCAGUUUGACUUAUCUUACACUUAUAAGUUGCGGACAAUUUCUAGUGAGAAAGUUUCUAUGCAUGACGGGCAGUGCUAUCAAAUGGAGAAUGAGGAAAGUAAAUGA